UACAAAUACGGAAAUAGAGUUUGAGCAUCCUGGUACGGGUCUGCAGCCGUUUGUUUCCCUGUAGUUUGACCGUUUUUGGUUGAAAACAUUGGAAGAGCGUUGAGCACACAGGUGUCAGGUGCAGCAGAUAUUUGAUCUCUGCUUUAUGGAUUUGACUCCGCUUCUGUCAUGGGCCUGCAUCGUGUUCACAGUCGGGAUGUUCUCGACAGGACUGACCGACCUGAGGAAGAUGCGGGAAUCCAAAAGUGCAGAUAACAUCCAGUUUCUGCCCUUCCUCACAACAUGUCUGAAUAACUUGGGCUGGCUGUUUUAUGGCACCCUGAAGAUGGAUCACACCAUUAUCGUGGUGAACGUCAUCGGAGCUCUCCUUCAAAUCCUCUACAUUGUCAUGUACUUCCUCUACACUAAACAGAAGCGGCUAGUGACGCUCCAGACUCUGGCUGCAGCAGCAGUGUUGAUCUGUGGAUGGUUAUACUUCACUACCUUUCUAACAGAGGGAGACGCUCGACUCCAUCAGCUCGGUCUCACCUGCAGCGUGGUCACCGUCAGCAUGUACCUGUCUCCUCUCGCAGACCUGGUAGCAAUAAUUCGCAGUGGUAACGUGCAGGUCUUGUCUUUCCCUCUGACUGUUGCCACCUUCUUCACUUCAACUGCCUGGGUUCUUUAUGGCCUGCAGCUGAACGACUAUUAUAUUACGGUUCCAAACACGCCAGGAAUCUUCACCAGCCUGAUCAGAUUUUACCUGUUCUGGAAAUUUGCCUCCACUAGUCAAAGUUUGCCCUCCUAUAAGCCUUUGCAUGUAUGAGGUGAAAAUAUGUGCAAGUAAAAGCGGAAAGACAAUUCAAAACUGUCAAUGCUGCACAAACCUGUCAGUUUGUGGAGCUUUUCCAUCCUGACGGAAGAGAGGGAGACUUGCACAUGGACUGAUAACAUAAAUAAUAUCUAUGUUUUACAUGGGGUUAAGCAGUUAUUUUCCUGCAGCAAUGUGUGUGAAAAGGGACCUUUGUCUCUGUUUUUAAGCUCUUACUGUGCCUUUAGGUGUUCCAGACAGUAACUGAACUUUUGUCAUGUUGAGAAACAGUCUGAUAAACUGAAAUCAGCAUCAUUCCAUUUGAGCCAAAGAUGUAAGAUUUUGAAGGAUUUCUACCUUCUUGACUGCUAUUUUAUAUACAUAUAUACAUGCAUUCACAGCUGCAUAUGUGCAUGCAUACAUAGUUAUGGAAUAUUAAGGAGUACAUUGUUUCACAUUUUUCUGCACAGCUUGUAGAGUUGAGUUCAUGUCUCUUCAGACUUUGUAUUUGUGCCUUAAAUGUAACCAUGUUUAUAUGUCCAACUGUGGCGAUGAUAUUUGUCCACGAUCCUUUUCUAAAUAUUUGGACCUGAACCUUUUUUAUAUAUACAGGAAGUGCUUAUUAGGCUAAUUUUUAAGGCCAAAUAGUUUACUUACUUUUUUGGUCUAUUUUUAUAAUUUAUUUUGGGGAUUUAAUAAAAUUUCUGACACAAAAAAAA